GUAUUGUAAAGGUCGAUUUCUUUCUUCAAGGUCGUUGAUCACCUGUUCAACGAUGACAUUUUUGAGUGUUCCGCUAAAAUUGUCUACUGAAGUUGACGUGAUAACACCACUAAAAAAGUUCAUAACUGGAAAGUUUGGGGAUGCUGUUGCUACGCAAUGUACCGAAUCCCUAAAAAAGCUCAGUGUGUUUCGCCACGAUGCCUGUUUUGGACAUAGUGAUGAUCUAGGCAGUCGAAUCCAGUCACUUGCAUUAUAUCAUAAUGUAUUAUGGAGUUUAGAAAAACGACUUAAUACGUCAGAAGAUCUAGGUAUCCAUUGGAGCUGGAGUGAUAUAUGGCACAAAAAUUAUUCAAAACACUACUCCUUUAACUUCGAGCACGUGAAUAUAAUCUUUUGCUAUGCUGCAGCUCAUUCCAAUUUGGCUAAAACAUACGAUUUAAACUGUGAAAACUCUUUAAUGAAGGCUAUUUCAAGCUACAAGGUAGCAGCUGAGGCAUUCGAUUACCUUGCAUCACAUACGGAGCAACCCUCUAAUGAUAUGACUCAAGAGGUACUGUCUGUAUUCAGCGAUGUUAUGAUUGCACAAGCGAAUGAAUGCAACUUUCUUCGACUUCGAAACGAUGAACCUGAAUAUCGACGUAUUGUCAACCAUAUCAAUAAAUUAUAUAAGAAGUGUUUGGAUUCAUUUUCCAUGAUUUCCAGUUGUCUUCAAGAUGAAGAUAUCAUUAAAUCUGUACCAGAGGACUGGUAUCGUGUUAUUAAAACUAAACAGAAUUAUUACAGCAUUUUGGCUAACACUUAUUUGGGCGAAGAGAAGCUAAGGCGUAAAAAGGACACCAAGGAAUCUAGCACACUCCUAGUCUCUAAAUUCACACGUAGUCUUUCAUCUCGUCGUUGGUCUGAAACGUUUCAAACUGUUAACGAGAGUGAAAUACUUGGUGAAUCUCAACCUGCUUCUGUCUUAGCAAACUAUAUUAUAACAAAAGAAAUGUUUCAAAUACCCUUACUUCCUUGUGAUUCAGGCGAUAUCUUUGACAUGUUGGUCCCGUUUCCCGUCCUUGAAGCUCUUAUUAUAGCAAAUGAUACUCGGACUGCAAUCAUCAAUUCAGAAUUUGCUAAAUUGAAAAAUGCUGAUACGGUUCUUGAAAGUGAAAUGAAUCAACACAAUUUUCCACGUUCAUUGGAACUCAGUGUAUUUCAACUGAUUUGUGAAACAUUAUUAAAAGAAUCUGUCAAGGUUCAUCAAUCUGGUGGAGUAGAUAGUUUGAGACGUAAAGUUCAUUCACUGAAGCCAUUAGCUGGAGAACGAUUCAAAACUCUUGGAGAGAUAGAAGAAAUGCUACGUAAGGAGGAAAGCAAUGAUAUUGCUUUCAGAACUGGUUAUACCAAUAUUUUGUCUCGUGAACCGUCAGAGAAACUGAAUUCAUGUUUUCGUGAAAAAGUCGACAAAAUACGCUUGUCUGUUCAACUGGUUUCUGAAAAAGAUUACGAUGUGAUAGCAUUAUUUAAACAACAUGAAAUGAAUUUUCAAACAUUGGACAUGUCUAACAAUGAACUUUUAGUAUAUAUUCAAUCAAAUUUUGAACCUAAAGAAAUUGAAGUAAUAGAAGAAAUUGAAAAUUUACGCAAAGAUUUAAUUCGUAUAUGGGAUGACCUUAUUGUGAAUAAGCAUCAACGUGAUGAUGUAAUAAAAAUGUGGGAUUUAGUUUGUUUACCGCCAAAUUUUGUUCAUACCCUAACAAAAUGGUAUCGUACUCAAGGUGAAAUAAAUCAUAACGAAGUGACAUCUAAGACAUUUCGUGAUAAAGUUGAUGCUGCACGAAUAUGUGUUAAUCAAAAUUUGGAUGAACAACGAAAUUUAUUAUCUCAACUACGAAUUAAAUGUGAACCAUAUUUUAAUCAAAUUCUCAAAUAUCGACAGCAUAGUGUGAUAGCGAAUUUACAAGAAGCCUGUAAAUUAUUUUUAAGUAUACGUAAAGAUGUUGAGAAAAGUUUACAUUGGCAUUCGGAAUUCGAAAAAAUUUGCAAUGAAGAACUACAGUUGGUGAAUGAUUUCUGUUUGGCUCGUAGUGAUGAAAUUAAUCAAAUUAUAUCAGAAAAUGAACAAUGGGAAUCUGUAACCCAUGAUUCAGUAUCAAAAGAUUGAAUUUAUUCAUCACCAUUAUCAUACCAAAUCAGCAUUAUGCAAAAUUAUUUUCUGCUUUUCAUUUGAUUAUCAUUGAAUAUUGCUCGGUUUUUUUUGUUUACAUUUGAUUCAUUCAUUACAUAACUUUUUAAAAUACAUAUAUAUUCCCCAUCCAUUGUUAGAGAACAAUACACGGUGACGUCUACCCAUCAGCAUUCACAAAAGAUUUCUUUUUUUUUGAUAACAUCAUCCAUGGAUAAUGUUAACUAUGUCAUAAUUAGCCAUCUUUUUUCCAAAGAGACUUAAGCGGUCAGUUUGUCUUAUAUUUUUAUUUCAUUUACGAUUACAUAUACAUUAAUUCAUCCCACCAGUGAUCUGUAAUUUUUUUAUUGUAUGAGUUAAACUAAGUCACUAUAUUCAUUUAUAUUUGCCAAUAUUAUGAAACUGAUUUUUUCUCCUUUCUAGUUUGAGCUAAUUUUGAUCAUAAUGGUUAACUUAUAUUUUCACUUUCUUUUUUUUAAACAUUGUUUUAUGCGUUGAAUAAUAUAUUUAUACAGUUUGUCAUUUCUUCAAAUUAAACACUCUCUAUUGAAUAGAUAAAUCUAUUAUUGGGCCAAAUUAACAAAAGACUCUGGUUGAGUUGUAUUUAUGCCAAAGUAGUAUCAAAGCAAAUGUAUUGUCAUAAUCAGAUAACAAAAUGUUAAGGACAGUCUAUUGCUUGGAUAAAAUGAGAAUAUAGUAUUGACAUAUCAUAACCGUUUCACAAUAUUGAUCUGAAUGGUGAGUGUCAUUGUAUUGCAAACACUACACCAAAUCCAAAGGAAAGUUAUUAAUGAGUGGGUGAAUGUUUUGGUUUGAUUAUAAAUUCAUAAUCGGUCAUUUAAAUAAAAUAAUUGUAACAUGUUUACCGAGUCCCUCUGAGUUAGACUUUUGUGUGGGAGCUGGUGAUAUCACCUUUAUGUUCUAAGUCAAAGUUUAAAAUGGUUCUAACUUGUGACCCAUCGAUUAAACUUCAAGUGCUUAAAACACAUAAACUUCGUCCAACAUCAGCCACUUAUUUAAAUAUCUGUCGAUUCAGUCUUAUCUA